UUGAAGGGUAAACGGUUGGUACACAUGGUCAAAGUUGUCCUUCAUAACCUUCUUUGCUGCUAGGAGCGCUCCAAAGAAACACGUUGCUUUGACUUCAGUAGUACUCCAAAAAAAAGUAUUUGUUUGCUUACCUUUCCUGCUUGAAUUCGUCUAAAUCUCGGAGCCAAGGCGGAUGGUCCAGCUUGGCUUGCGUGUUUGGCCCUGACGGCAAGGCGGCAAGGAGAGCAAGGGGCUCCUUCUUCAAAAGGACAGACACAACUUCUGGUACACAGCUGUUAGAGGAGCAGGACGGCACCUGAGUGUUGUCACCAGACCUGGGAGCAACGGCAGGCAAUCUUUUUGUAAGGGGAAGCUGCUUGGGCAGCAUCCGCUGUUGUCCUUGCUCGGGACGAUUGCGGAAGCAAAUUUGUUUAGUCCCUGAGAAGCAGCGCUGGACAUGAAAGGCGAAGGGCAGACUGACAAGGACAAGGAGGGCGACAAGGCAGCCAAGGAGGAGGAAGCCAGUACAGCCCCGCUUCCCGAUAAGGUCUUGGUCGGUGGGUCCCCAGAGUAUUACGUGGAGCGCAAGCUUGGAAAGGGUGGCUUUGGCCAAGUAUACGUUGGACGCCGUGUAUCCUCAACGAAGCAGAAGGAUGGACCUCAGGCCAACCAGGUUGCACUUAAAUUUGAGCACCGCAGCAGUAAAGGCUGCAAUUAUGGGCCACCUUACGAGUGGUCUGUGUACAACUCACUUGGAGGAGUACAUGGCAUUCCCAAGGUCCACUACAAGGGCCGACAAGGCGAUUACUAUAUCAUGGUCAUGGACAUGCUCGGCCCCAGCCUUUGGGAUGUAUGGAACUCCUCAGGCCAGGUGAUGUCCCAAGAAAUGGUAGCUUGCAUAGCUGUCGAGGCGCUUUCCAUUUUGAAGGAACUGCAUGCUAAGGGGUACGUCCAUGGCGACGUAAAGCCGGAGAACUUCUUGCUUGGACAACCAGGUACACCAAACGAGAAAAAGCUUUACUUGGUUGACCUUGGACUAGCAACGCGGUGGAAGGACGCGGUUUGCGGUACGCAUGUGGAGUACGACCAGCGGCCUGACGUGUUCAGGGGAACGGUUCGUUACGCUAGUGUGCAUGCGCACUUGGGACGCACGGCCAGCCGUCGAGACGACCUUGAAUCACUGGCGUACACGCUGCUCUUUUUGCUCAAGGGCAGACUGCCAUGGCAAGGAUACCAGGCAAACAACAAAGGCUACCUGGUUUGCAAAAAGAAAAUGGCAACGUCCGCGGAGAUGUUGUGCCGCUACACCCCGCCUGCGUUCCGGCAGUUCACGGAGGCAGUUGUGAACCUGAAGUUCGACGAGGAGCCUAAGUAUGAGGCGUACAUGAAGCUGUUUGAGCCGCUCUGCGGCCCAGCUCCUUCACGCCCUAUCCUUGUUGAAGGCGCAGCGAAGGUGGGCCAAAAGCGUCAGCGCGAUGCAGACGAACUGUUGGAGGAUGCAGCGCCAAAGAAAAAGGUUCGACUGGGCCUACCGGCGACACAGUGGAUAACGGUCUACAACGCGCACCGGCCAAUGAAACAGCGGUACCACUACAACGUUGCGAAUACGCGCGUGGAGCAGCAUGUGGAAAAGGGCAACGACGACGGUCUGUAUAUUUCCUCUGUAGCGUGCUGCCAGGAGUUGUGGGCGCUCAUUAUGGACGCGGGCACAGGCUUCACAGCGCAGGUUUACAAUUUGAGCCAGCAUUUCUUGCCCAAGGAAUGGAUUAUGGAGAAGUGGGAAGAGGGCUAUUACAUUACGGCCAUGGCCGGCUCGAUGUCUGGCAGCAGUCUAGUUGUUAUGUCCAAGGGCACGCCUUACACACAGCAGUCUUACAAGGUCAGCGACUCCUUCCCCUUCAAGUGGAUUAACAAAAAGUGGAAGGAGGGUUUUUACGUGACGUCCAUGGCCACGUCGCAUACGCGCUGGGCAGUAGUAAUGUCGCGGAACGCAGGGUUCGCAGAUCAAUGCGUGGAGCUGGAUUUUCAGUACCCAUCAGAAGGAAUCCACCGGCGCUGGGAUGCGGGCUUCCGGAUAACGGCUUGCGCCGCGACGCCAGAUCAGUCGGCAUUCGUGCUCAGCGUCCCACGAAGGCGUCCCAUGGAUGAGACUCAGGAGACGCUCCGCACGUCAGCCUUCCCUAGCUCACACGUGAAAGAAAAGUGGGCCAAGAAUUUGUACAUCGCCGGCAUCGCGUAUGGGCGUACCGUUAGUUAAGUUUGCUUUGCGCGUGGAGCGUAAUGACACCGUGUCUAUGGUUAACUUAAGUACAGCUUGUUGUUAUUUUGGCAGGCUCCGACAUCAUGCUUCCCUAAUGGCAAAUCAUGCGUUGCCCUUGACUCAUUCUACUGACGUGCGGGGAAAUAGUCCUUGGGUUAGGCGCUUAUCUGAAGUCAAAGGUUGCACCUGGCGGUUUUAUAUUUACCCUACAUGACUUCUGACUUGCGGUGGUUUCACAGUGUAGUAAGGAUAUCUAGACUAGGCUGGACUGCAAGCUGGGGGUUUG